UAAACAUAUAGAAUAAGUUAGGGUUUCCUCUGCCACGAGAGAAGGAAGUACUACGCCUCACUGAAUAACACUCGUUGCGGCCUCAUAUCGCACUUCCUGCUCAUCGCCACCGGCAACCAUGAUCAUUCCGGAGAAGAACCGCCGCGAGAUCUCUAAGUACCUCUUCCAAGAGGGAGUAUGCUAUGCAAAGAAGGACUUCAACCUUGCAAAGCACCCACAAAUUGAUGUGCCGAAUCUACAGGUUAUUAAACUGAUGCAGAGCUUCAAGUCAAAGGAGUAUGUCCGCGAGACAUUUGCAUGGAUGCACUACUACUGGUACCUCACUAAUGAUGGUAUUGAGUUUCUGCGAACUUACCUCAAUUUGCCAUCUGAAAUUGUUCCAGCUACAUUGAAGAAACAAAGCAAACCCCUUGGUAGGCCCAUGGGAGGCCCACCAGGAGAUCGCCCACGUGGUCCUUCACGUUUUGAUGGAGAGAGGAGAUUUGGUGGUGAUCGAGAUGGAUACCGUGGAGGUCCACGUGGACCUGGUGGUGAGUUUGGUGACAAGGGUGGAGCCCCUGCUGAUUACAGACCUACCUACGGGGGUAGUGGUGGAAGGCCUGGCUUUGGCCGUGGUGCUGGUGGCUUUGGUGCAGGGCCUGCCAGCUCGAAUCUUUCUUGAUUGAUAUCGGUUUUGGCCGCUACAAUUCCAAACAGUGUUCAAUAUGUUUUGCUGCAUUUUAAGAGUUUAGUAUUGCCUGAUAGAUAUAGGUUAGUACGAGAGAUUGUUGUUUCGGGAUCUUCAUUUCCAAAUUUUCUCUGCUUUCAAUUAAUUGAACGAAUUUUGAACGCUAAGACUCCAGUUUUAGCGUUUUCUUUUUGGGUUUACUCUACUUUGUGCGUUUGCAUCUUUAUGUA